GACCAGGACACUGCUCCCGUCCCCGAAAGACAAACAGGCAAGCAGCAAAGACACGCCUCCCUGCCUGCACUCCCCACACGCCCACACCUCCAACAGACAAAGACAAUCUAGCAAGCACACACAGCAUCAGGAGGAGGAGAUCGAGUACGGGUUUGAAGCAGAGAAUGGGGAGGGCUCCGUGCUGCGAGAAGAUGGGGCUCAAGAGGGGGCCAUGGACGCCGGAGGAGGACAAGAUCCUGGUCGCGCACAUCCAGAGCUUCGGCCACAGCAACUGGCGCGCGCUGCCCAAGCAAGCCGGGCUGCUGCGGUGCGGCAAGAGCUGCCGGCUCCGGUGGAUCAACUACCUGCGCCCGGACAUCAAGCGCGGCAACUUCAGCAAGGAGGAGGAGGACGCCAUCAUCACCCUCCACGAGCAGCUCGGCAACAGGUGGUCCGCCAUCGCCGCCAGGCUGCCCGGGCGGACGGACAACGAGAUCAAGAACGUCUGGCACACGCACCUCAAGAAGCGGCUGGAGCCCACCACCAAGCAGCUGGAGCAGGAGCAGCACGGGGCGCAUGCAGGUGGUGGCGCCGCCAGGAAGCGCAGCAGGCCCAAGCGCGCGGGUGCCAGGAAGACGACGACGGCCGCCGUCGCCCCGGCCACCACCGCGCCGGCGUCGCCUGAACGGUCGGCGGCCUCGUCGUCGGUGACCGAGUCGACGGAGCAGGAGCAGGGAAACACGGGGACGAGCUCGCCCGGGUUCCCCAAGGAGGAGAGCUUCACCUCGUCCUCGGAGGCCGCCGAGGAGUUCCAGUUCGACGACACGUUCUGGUCGGAGACGCUGUCCAUGCCGCUGGACAGCUUCGACGACGUCCCCAUGGAGCCCUGCUCCGGCGCGUUCGGCGACGUGGCCGCCUCCUCCUCCUCGUCGUCCGUUGGCGCCGACGCCGACUUGGACUACUGGCUCGGAGUGUUCAUGAAGUCCGGCGACGCGCACCAACAACUGCCGCAGGUUUAGAGCGCGCACGCGCGCCCGAGAAUUUUCAGUUCCCUGGCUAAUUGAUUCAUCGUUCUUUCUCUCUCCCUGCACGUCUUGCAAUCGGAAUUCGGAGGGGACAGUCACAAUAGCAGCUAAUUAAUAGAGGGGUGUGUGUGUUGAGGACCACGACGAGAUUAGGAAGAAACAACGCGACAUGCCAUUGCAUCUAUCUCUUGUUUGCCUUCUUGUAUAUAAAGAUCGAUCGAUCGACAAGAUAUCGGUGAUCGAAACCUAUAUAUGCUACCCAUUUUGAGAGGAAUUCUUCUGCACGCGGAUGCGGAUUUCCAUGUAACAGUAGUGAUGAGCACCAGAAACGCACUCGGCGUCUCGGCCUCUUCCAAUUCGUUGAUUAAAUCCAUCUUUGUGUGCUACUCGUGCGUUCGGGUACGGAAUCACGUCAUGUCAAUGCUGAACUCGUGCACGGCUUCUGUCC